CCUCGGUUAGACCUGCCUUGGGAGGCGGAGGUAGAGCACCCAUUUUUGGCACGAGGACUGGGGGUGGGGAUUAAGAGGAGGUGCCUCUCAGGGUAAGUGGGGGGAGAGAUGGUUGGGUGCAGCAGCUGCUGCCCUGGAGCAAAGCCCCGGUAAUGGCCGUGAGGCGACUCCACCCCCGCGGGGUGGGCUCUUUUGCUGCAGACAUCGCUCCUGCAAUACCAGCACCCGCAAGCAGACGACGGGCUCCUGCCGCUGCUCGCCUUACCCGGCUCGGGAGCGAGGGGGCAGGUAUCUUUCGACUGCCCUCUAGAGUUUUGGAGCGUACACUAAAGUGACAUAUUUUACUCUGAUUUAAAUUAUUUCUGUCCAAACUCUGAAUCCCCCCAACCUUACCUGACCUAUUUGGCGAGGAGGCAGCAGGGAGAAGACUUCAAAUAACCCACUUUUUAGCAAAGUGUGGUUUAAUAACUGUCUUCUCUGUGUUUGGAUCAUACAGUUCUUUCUCUUUUCCAAAUGGAUUUGCUUGAGACUGGAGGUGGGAAGUUCAAACCACUGUUCGUUGUUAUUUUUUCAAGUGUUUUUGUAGUGGUUCAUAGUUAAAGGCAGCUAUCUGUCUGGCUCCAUUUCCCUUGAAACCUUUGAGGUUGUUUGAGAAUCCUGUGGGCUGUUGCGUGUUCAGUUGUGUCUCAUCAGAUUUUCCAAGAUGUAUGCAGUUGCUUUCUUGGACCAAAAUCAUGAUGCUUAUUUUCAGUAAAACAUUCCCAGCGUGUUUAGAGAAGUGAGCAAAGUUCCCAGGACUGAAAAGGCAUUGGAGAACCUUCUUAACUUGACAAUUGCUGGAUGUUCUUGAAUGUUUUUUCUGGAAGGCCAGAAGGUAGCUGAAAAUUGACGCUGUCUGAACCUACGUCUGGUUUAUAAGGGCUUACCACAAUGGCAACUGGUCUAGCCAAUGUAGGAAGCUCUUUUGGAGGUCCGUCUAAUUCUCUGGUUUCUAGAUCUAAGUUCCAGAGUACCUCCAUAGAAGAUGAUGAUGAUGUUGUAUUUGUUGAACCUGUACAGCCUCCACAAAUCUCUACACCAUUAAUAACAGACCACAGAAAUGUUUUUAAUUCAUCCAGUAAUGAAGAGCAACAUGGAAAUGACCCUAAAAUAUCAGGUCCGUCAAAAGACAUGAGCUCUCAAAAGGGAAGUAUAACUGAGACUAUUAUUAUUGAUGAUGAAGAAGACAUUGAAACAAAUCAGGGACAAGAGAGAAAUGAUUCCAAUUUCAAUGAAAGAAGAUUUCCAGAGGGUAAAAACAGAAGCAAUGAGAUGGAAUUCUCAACACCCAGUUUUUCAAGAAGUAAGGUAAAUGCAGGAAUAGGUAAUAGUGGUAUAACCACAGAACCAGACUCUGAAAUUCAAAUAGCUAAUGUUACUACAUUAGAAAGAGGUAUGAGCUCUGUGAGUGUUGGCCGUUUAGAAAAUACUGAAGGGCGUGACAUGAACUUAAUGAUUACACAUGUAACAUCACUACAGAAUACCAACUUGGGAGAUGUAUCUAACGGACUGCAGUCAAGUAAUUUUGGUGUUAAUAUACAAACAUACACCCCAUCUUUAACUUCACAGACCAAGACUGGUGUAGGACCUUUCAAUCCUGGUAGAAUGAACGUAGCUGGUGAUGUCUUUCAGAAUGGAGAAUCUGCAACUCAUCAUAAUCCUGAUUCCUGGAUAUCUCAGUCAGCAUCAUUUCCAAGGAAUCAGAAGCAACCAGGUGUAGAUUCCCUGUCACCUGUGGCAUCUCUUCCCAAACAAGUCUUCCAACCACCUGCACAACAGCAACCUUCAAAGCAGGUUAAAGUUACAUGCGCUAACUGCAAAAAGCCUUUGCAGAAGGGCCAGACUGCAUAUCAGCGGAAAGGAUCUGUUCAUCUUUUUUGUUCUACUACCUGCCUUUCAUCAUUUUCACAUAAACCAGCUCCAAAGAAACUUUGUGUUAUGUGCAAAAAAGACAUAACAACAAUGAAAGGAACCAUUGUUGCUCAGGUUGAUUCAAGUGAAUCUUUCCAGGAGUUUUGCAGUACAUCAUGUUUGUCUUUCUAUGAAGACAAACAGAAUCCCUCAAAAGGAAUCUUAAAUAAGUCAAGAUGCACUAUCUGUGGUAAACUAACUGAGAUACGCCAUGAAGUUAGCUUUAAAAACAUGACUCAUAAGCUGUGUAGUGAUCACUGCUUCAAUCGAUACCGAAUGGCAAAUGGUUUAAUCAUGAAUUGUUGCGAGCAUUGUGGAGAAUACCUUCCAAGUAAAGGUGCAGCAAACAAUAUCCUUAUGGUUGAUGGAGAGCCGAAAAGGUUCUGUUGCCAAAGCUGUGUUAGUGAAUAUAAACAGAAAUAUGGCAAAUUAACAGCUUGCACUGGUUGCAGAGCUCAGUGCAGGUUUUUUGACAUGACACAAUGCAUAGGAGCUAAUGGAUAUAUGGAGCCAUACUGCUCAACCACAUGCAUGAACACACACAAAUCAAAAUAUGCAAAAUCACAAAGUUUGGGAAUUGUUUGCCAAUUUUGUAAGCGAAACUCUUUACCUCAGUAUCAAGCCACAAUGCCUGAUGGAAUACUGUACAACUUUUGCAGUUCCAGUUGUGUAGCUAAAUUUCAGACUCUUAGUGUACCAUCUUCAACCAAUGGCCAGUUUGUGGCUCCAAGCGAUAUUCAUUUGAAAUGCAGUUAUUGUAAAAAUACUUUCUACUCAAAGCCUGAAGUACUGGAAUGGGAAAACAAAGUGUACCAGUUUUGCAGUAGAAUUUGUUCUGAUGACUAUAAGAAGCUACAUUGUAUAGUAACAUACUGUGAAUACUGCCAAGAGGAGAAGACUUUGCAUGAAACGGUGAAAUUUUCUGGUAUCAAGAGACCAUUCUGUAGUGAAGGUUGCAAGCUGCUAUAUAAACAAGAUUUCGCAAGACGGUUAGGAUUACGCUGCGUUACUUGCAAUUAUUGUUCUCAACUCUGUAAAAAGGGAGCAUCUAAGGAACUUGAUGGAGUAGUCAGAGAUUUCUGUAGUGAAGAGUGUUGCAGAAAAUUUCAAGACUGGUACUAUAAGGCUGCAAGAUGUGACUGCUGUAAAAUUCAAGGAACUCUUAAAGAGAAAGUACAGUGGAGAGGGGAAAUGAAGCACUUUUGUGAUCAGCAUUGCCUUUUGCGUUUCUACUGUCAACAGAAUGAACCAAAUAUGGCAACACAAAAAGGACCAGAAAACUUACAUUAUGAUCAAGGUUCCCAAACUCCCCGAACAAAAAACACAGGAUCAGCCCCACCUCCUUCCCCUACACCAAAUAAAGAAAUGAAGAACAAAGCAGUUCUCUGCAAACCACUAACAAUGACAAAAGCUACAUUCUGUAAACCCCACAUGCAAACAAAAUCUUGUCAGACAGAUGAUGACUGGAAAAAAGAAUAUAUCCCUGUGCCUGUUCCAGUACCUGUAUAUGUACCUGCUCCUAUGCAUAUGUAUAGUCAAAACGUUCCUGUUCCUACAACGGUUCCUGUUCCAGUUCCAGUUCCAAUUUUUCUGCCAACCACACUGGAUAGCAGUGAGAAGAUACUUGAAGCAAUAGAAGAAAUAAAAAAUAAAAAUCCUCCCAGUCCUGAAAAGGCUUCAGAUUCAUUGAAUGUAACAGAAGAAAUUUAUGAAAAAAAAGAGCAUGUAGAACCUGCAGAGCUCAAAAAUGUAAUAACUGAGAUAGAAUUGCUUAAUUCUGUGACAGAAACACAGACAAGCUUGUCUGAUGUUCCAUACGAGCCAGUUCUUGAUAUUGAGGUUGAUUUUCCAAGAGCAACAGAAGAACUUGACACAGAGAAUGAAUUUUUGUUGCCACCUGUCUUUGGAGAAGAAUACGAGGAACAGCCAAGACCUCGAAGUAAAAAGAAGGGAACAAAGAGAAAAGCAGUGUCAGAAUACCAUUCUCAAGAUGAUGGCUCUGAGAACUCAGAGUGCAGUUUUCCUUUCAAGUAUGCCUAUGGUGUAAAUGCAUGGAAACACUGGGUAAAAACUAGGAACCUAGAGGAAGAUCUGCCAGUACUAGAUGAACUGAAAUCAACAAAGUCAGUAAAAUUGAAAGAAGAUAUAAUAUCACAUACUUCUACUGAGCUAAAUUUUGGGCUGGCACACUUUGUAAAUGAAGUCCGAAGACCAAAUGGAGAAAACUAUGCACCUGACAGUAUCUAUUAUUUGUGUCUUGGGAUUCAGGAAUACCUGAAUGGGAGCAAUCGAGAAGAUAAUAUCUUUUUGGAUACUAAUUAUCAUACAUUUGUGCAGGAAAUCAAUAAAAUACUCAGAAGCUGGCAGCCCAGCAUACUUCCAGAUGGCUCAAUAUUUUCUCGAGUUGAGGAGGACUAUCUCUGGAAGAUUAAACAGCUGGGAUCCCAUUCUCCAGCUGCUCUUUUAAAUACACUAUUCUACUUCAACACCAAGUAUUUUGGUCUGAAAACAGUGGAGCAGCACUUAAGACUUUCCUUUGGCACUGUUUAUAGACAUUGGAAGAAGAAUCCUCUAACGAUAGAAAGCAAAGCUUGUCUUAGAUAUCAGGUUUCCUCCCUGUGUGGAACAGAUAAUGAAGAAGAUAAAAUUACUACUGGAAAAAGGAAGCAUGAAGAUGAUGAGCCAGUAUUUGAACAAAUGGAAAAUACCGCAGAUCCUUCUAGAUGUCCUGUGAAAAUGUUUGAAUGCUAUUUAUCUAGAAGCCCACCAAAUCUCACGCAGAGAAUGGAUGUGUUCUAUUUGCAGCCAGCUUGCCCAGUAUCUUCUGAGAGUCCCAUUUGGUAUACCUCCACUUCAGUGGACCGCAAUACUUUGGAAAAUAUGCUUGUACGGGUUCUUUUAGUAAAAGAUAUUUAUGAUAAAGACAAUUACGAACUGGAUGAAGACAUAGAUUAAACACUUCCCAAAUUCAAGAAAACACAACAGCAUUAGCUAGUCAAGCUGCUAGAUUUUUAUUAUGGAAAAAAAUAUAAAACAUUUCAAGUUUACUCUUUGUUUAACAUGUUUUGUAGCAGUGUACCCUUUGCUGGGUAUUACCAUGUAUAUAAUCUGUGAGAGAAAAUGGCCAUUAUUCUGCAUAGUGGUUUUAGGAUACUUAACAAACACAUUCAUUUUUAAUUAUUAUUUAUUUGGUUAGAUAUGUUUGUAACUUUUUACAUUGCAAAAUUUGAAUGAGAAUGUGCCAUGUGUAAUAUUUGGGGGGGAGGGUGUCAUAGUAAGCAACAUCCAUAUUGCACAACAUCACUGUUGCAGAGCUUCCUUGAAAGAGUUGGGGCUUUUACUGGGUUCUGAAACCAGGUAGUUGUGUAUGGAUAGCACUACUAAAGUUUAGGACUUGCUGUGUAUUUCUGAAUUUUUUAAUAAAUUGUAAACUAAUAGGUUUUUUACUCUUAGUUACUGAUGCCUUAUGAGGUUAUGUAGAGAGGUUCCAUCUUAUGUACCAAAAAUAGAAAAAAAGAGAAUGCUGUCAAUAUUGAUGUACUGUAAUGUGAAUCAAUGCUGGUGAAAAUUAAUUUUUUUGGGUUGCUCUUAUUAAAAAAAAAAUCUUAGUAUUCUUCCUUAUUUGUGACUCUCUGAAUUUGAACUUACAAAUCCAGUGUAUUUUAGAUAAGAGCACAAGCAGGAAAAAUGUAUCCAUUUGGAUUUUGCCCUUGAAUAGGAUGAAUACUGCAAAAUUUUGUUUGAAUUUUUACUUAACUAAAACACAUAUAUCUUAUUUUGUUAAUAUUCUUUAUGCUUUUCUUCAGUAUAUUCACAGGAAGGCAUACCCAAGAAUAAAUAAAACAAAUGCAACAAAAAUAAAUAGCAUGUAACAGCCAGUUAAAACCUGGCAGCAAUAUAACAUAAUAAUUUCAAUUGGAAGAAAUAAAAACAGCUUUGACAUUGAAAAGAUAGCAAGGUAGGUGCUGAGAAAGCCCCUUGGGGGAGAAAAUUCUAUAAAUUAGGCAUCCACUGCUGAUAAUUGCUCUUCUAUCUUCAUUAACAUAGGUUACAGCAUAAAAAUACAUGCAAUUCUAUAAAUGAAGUCCUUACUUUGUUGCAUGUACUUAUAAAUUCAUUUCUCUUCACUCUCUACAAUCAGUGUUCCCCAUCAUGUGGAAUAUUUCUUGUGCAGGUGCAAGCUAGAUGAAGGCUGCUGCAGAAUUCGAACAAGUUCAGCACAAAUGAUACAGCAGCUGCAUUUUGCCUUUUGUAAGUAUCCCCACAGAAAUGCCUUGCACAAAGAGUUCAGGGACGUGCAGCCAUUUUUGCCUCUCAUUACUGCUCGGUGGCUCCAUGGAGUCCAAUUCUGGAGAAUUUGUCGAGUUUCAAGGAUUGGCUUUUCAGGCAACAAGAGAUGCUGCAGUGGGAAGGGUUGGGGCCCAGCCCAUAACUAGUAGUGUGUGGCUCCAUGGAGCCUCAUUCCUUUUCAUAACAUUGCACCAGGGGCAUCUACAGAGGUGAGAGUCAAAUUAGUCCAGAUGGUGGUGGCAACCACACAAAGUUCUGCUCAUUUUUAUGAGAGGAGUGGGGUGCCAUCCUGACUUUUUUUGGAUACUCCCCCUCCCCAAUGCCUCUGGUAUAAUCUUAUACUUGCACAUAAGAAUUAUGCAGCUGUGUUUGCUUGUUGCUUGCCCCCCUUUUUAGGUUACAUAUUGUUGGAUAUAUUUUACCAGAUGUUUUCUUCAGUGCAGUACAGAAAUAAAACGAUUCUUGAAAGGGUGUCUUGCUGAUGUCCAUCAUUUAGUAAAUGACCAACAGUGGACCAGUAUGAGGCAGAGCUACAUAGUCUCAAACAUGCUAGCUUCCUUGGAGUGAACAUGGCAGGUAGGGAUUGGCACUCAUCAUAAAUGUUCAUAAAAGGAGCCGUGAUUUAUGUAACUUGAAAAUAUUUAGUACUCCACCAGGAGGGCUCUGACAGAUGUCCCUACAAUAGAACCAGAACAUUGAGGUAGAAUGUCUACACUGUGUAUAAUGACUGCACAUCCAGAAUUAUGGAAAAGUGAUAGUAGUGACAUUGGGAGGUGGGGUGGGGACACCACAACUGAGCAUUUUAUUAUCUAUGUGAUUGCUUUUGCCACAAAGUUGUAUUACUUUAAAAAGUAACAAGCUGAUUUGUGGUACAAGCUUUCAUGCAACACAUCUCACGAUGUGCUUAUUUUUGUGUGCUUUUUUUUUCAGUUUAAGAAUGUGCUAACAGAAAUCAAGUGAUAGACAUUUUUCAUUUCAAGGAUGCUACUUUAUCCCAAUCACACACAAUAGUUAGGGAGAAAGCAACUUUAUUCAAGCCAGACUAACCAAAAUAUAGAGGUGAUUCUUUUGAAACUAUUGUGGAAAUCAAAAGUCUAGCGCCUGUGUGGGGAUUUUAAAGACACAUCAGUGCAUUGAAAACAAAACCAUAACUGAAGAACAGAAUAACAUUAAGUCAAGAAAACACAUAACCCCAUGUUUUUACUCUGCAUGGAGACUUAAAUGUUAGCUAUAUUGAUAAUAGCAUGCUAAAAUAAUCUUCAGGAUUAUAUAUUGAAAAAAAUAUGCCUUUUAAGAUCCAUACUAGAAAUAGUGCAGUUUAUCUUUUUUUCCCUGCGGUUCUUUUAUUACCACUAUGUCAUUCUUACAGUAGGCAUUAGAAGUUUCUUUAGUAUCAGUUCAAUGUGCUCAUAGAAAAAUAGCUAAAAUGUAUUAUUUUCUAUUGCAGUAUUUUAUUGCAUCAAAUUAAUUACUAAAAUAAGGAAAACUACAUGCUGAAACAGUUAACAUAAUAAUAUAACAUUGAAGUUCACCCUCCCACCCACACAGCUGGGGGGUGGGGAAGGCCCAGAAAUUUGACUAUACUAUUUGAAAAUGUUCUCUUUGCCUCUAUCAGAAAACAGUAAUUCAAAUUAUAAAAAAACCCAUAUACCAGAAAUCCAUUCUUGUAACUGAGGUACAGAUUUGUCCUUCCAGCACUGAAUGUUUUUUAGUGCUUUCCAUGCCCAAAGAAUCCAUGGUUCUUGAUGUCGGAUUGAUUCCAAAUGCUGGGUAUAUAGUCAAGCAGAAUAUUUGUCUUUAAUCAGCAAGGAUCAAUCUAGACUCUGAUCUCAAACAUUUUCUUAAGAUAGCAAUAAUGAUCUUCAAGUCUUUGAAGGGUAUUUAUCAUAUUCAGGCCAAAGCUCAAACUAUUUUGAUAUGAUACUAAACAAAAAGUAACAGUUCGAACAAGAAAAGCUGACAACUUGGAGCUCAGGGACAUUUUUUUCCUUUGCUUUUAGAUUACUAUUCUAAGAGGCUCAGAAGUGUGUUAAAUUCCUCUUCUUUAAUGGAGGGACUUCAGUCAAUCUGUGUUCAAUUCUCCUUCAGUUGUGGUUCUGGGUAUAUAGUUUUGAGAAAAUAAAACAUGUUUGCAGUUUUUCACUGUAUUGCGCAACAUGCAUGGUUACAAAUAGUUACCAAGCAUGGGUAAAGUCCCAUUUUAACCCAUGCCACAUAUGACUCUUUAACCUAGAUUGCAGGCUUCACACGUUACCAUCUUGGAUCAGGAUAAACCAGAUGCUGUCCUUUAAAGUUAUCCUAUUUUAUUUAUGAGAAUAAAAGAUGGCAGCUGUUUUGAGUUUACAUGGCAUAUAAUCCUAUAACCUUGCUUAAAGAGUUCCAUUUGUGUGUGGUUGUAAAACAAGAUUUGUAACUUUAUCAUGUAAUUACAGACAAAAUGUAUUUCUUCCAGUGAAAUAUAACAUUGCAUAUAGCUAUAUUAACAGACCCUUAACAACAACUGUAUUUAAGUUAUGAAUUACUUUUUUGAAAAAACUAUAUCUAUGCUCAGUUUACAAGGUGUGAAUCCCACUAAAGUGCAACAUGUAAGUUGUGCUUUAGUGAGUAACAAAAGUAACGCUUCUGAUCUCAUAGCCAUGGUCUUCCCCCUCACCCUUACUUGGCUUUAACCAUGGCGUAGGAGGUGGCAUCUGUAUCAACGUAAAUUUGAGAAGGAAAGGUGGUUAACUCAUAAUUUCAGACUAAUGAAAAACUUAGAAAAAUCUGGGAGCCAUGGUUAGUCCUGAUGCAGAAUAACCGUUGGUUCACAUAGCAUGAUAAUCCAUAAUGUGGGUUUCUUGGUUUUGGCUUAGCACAAUGUAUACACUCUGCAAUAUUACUCCAUGGUUAACAUAGAUGCGAUAAAUGGGUACAGAAUACAGAAGCCUCAUGAAAGGCAGUGAUGUCUUAGGUUAUCAGAAAUGCAAUGUGUGUGCAUUGAGUUGAGUAUUGCCUGGCACAUCUCUUUGAUGAGAAAGUUGUUCUUUGCAGUAAAAGUGAUCAGAAUUUGCUGCUGAUGUGUAGUUCAAUUUCUGUAUAUAAUUGUAUUUGUUUAUUUAAUGCUCUGCUGUCUUUUUCCACUCAGUUUCUUAAAGUUUUGUUUGUUUCUCUAUUCCAGUUUUAUUGUCUAAUUUUUUAAAAUAAAAUUUAAUUUGCUCCCCCUCAAAAGAAGACUCGGCAGCUUAA